AUGCGUUUUGGUUUAUUAUUACUGCUUGGUGGUCUUGCUUCUGUUUCUGCUUUAAGAGAGCCUCCUACUCAACUCCAAGUGGGAGUCAAAAAGAGAAUUCCUGCUUCUGAAUGCACACAGAAAUCACACAAUGGUGAUGAGUUAUCUAUGCAUUAUACCGGUACUCUUUUUGACACUGGUAACAAGUUUGACAGCAGUUUGGAUCGUAACGAGCCCUUUGUCUUUACUCUCGGGGCAGGUCAAGUCAUCAAAGGCUGGGACCAAGGCUUAGUAGGAAUGUGUAUUGGUGAAAAGCGUCGAUUGGUCAUCCCUCCUCAUUUAGGUUAUGGUGAUCGCGGUGCAGGUGGUGCUAUUCCUGGUGGAGCGACUCUCGUGUUUGACGUAGAAUUACUCGAUAUUAAAUCAGGUCACCGUCAAGAAAGAUAUGUUCAAGAGACCAAAGAUAAGAAACCACCAAUGUCAUUCACUUCACCUAGUGUCCUCGUCUCAACUGGAGUUGUGGUUGCAUUAUUUCUUAUUGUGUUCAGAUUGGCAAAGAAGCAAGAUAUUGCAGAAGCAAAUGAAAAAGUAGCCACAGAGACCAAACAAGAGAAAGAAGAAGAAAAGAAGAAAUAA